AUGGCAAAAUCAACUUCACUCGUUUUCUCAAUAUUGAUCAUUUUACUUCUUUUUGCACAUUUGAGCAAAUUAGAAGCAGCACCUUUUCGCGGUGUCAAUAGUUUAGACAGCAGCGAGAUCUUCAGUAAACUGGGAUAUGAUAUACAUAAGUUGAAGCAUGACGACAACCGGAGAUGGCUGACAGGGACAGACCAAGUAGUCCCAGGAGGUCCAGAUCCACAACACCACAAGAAAAGUCCAAAUAUGUCCUAAACCUCUAACUUUUGGAUUUCUUGGUGUUUUAAAGAACGGCCAACUGUUUUUAGGUUUCUUUCUUUUGAAACUAGUUGUAUAAAUAGUCAGGGUAGCAAACUCACGCAAAAGCUAGCAAAUAAUUUUUUACUUUGCUUGUCCGAUGAGCAAACUAAACUGUUAGCUUUUGAAUGAGUUCGCUAGCCUCUGCCUUUAUAUACAAACACUUAAGUCACUCUCUAAACCACCUAGAAAUCCAAAAAAGAUCUCUAAACCUCUUAUUUGGUACAGACCAAAUAUCACCUUUCCAGUGUUUUUCGCUUACGUAUUAUCUACCUGUUACGUAUUUGAUUAUGUAUCUUUCCUUUUCUCCACACAUCUUCUUAUUUUCUGCGCUUCAGGUUCAGUAUGUAGUGUGUUUUUUAAUGCAGCAGGAACUAUAUUUUCAGGCAUAUAUUUUGUAGCUAGAGAAAUGAAGACAUGUAAUCCAGUUGGCAACAAUGCCAACUUACAUUCUCUUUCUAUCUAGCUGAAAAGACUUGUGACUGAUUAGAGUUGAUUGUCAAUGUAAUAGAUAGCCUGUUGUAA